AUGGAGAAUGGAGAUCUUGCUGUACCUCAAAAAACUCCAAAGCAGUUGGAAAAAGAAGCUAAAAAAUUAGCUAAACUCGAAAAGUUUAAACAGAAAAAAGAGAAACAAACUCAAUCUUCUGAUCAACAAAAAGAAAAAUCUGAUAAAACUGAAAAAAAGAAAGCACCUUCAGCUAAACCAACCAUAGAAUACACAUGUAAAACCGAACCUGGACAAAAAAAAGAUGUGUCAUCCCAAAUGCCUGAUUCCUACAGCCCCAAGUAUGUGGAAGCAGCUUGGUAUUCGUGGUGGGAGAAAGAAGGAUUUUUCAAACCUGAAUAUGGAGGACAUAGUAUAAAAGAUCAUAAUCCUAAAGGCAAAUUUGUUAUGGUGAUUCCUCCUCCAAAUGUCACUGGUUCAUUGCAUCUUGGUCAUGCUCUAACUAAUGCAGUUGAAGAUGCACUCACAAGAUGGAAUAGAAUGAAAGGCCGCACAACCUUGUGGGUACCUGGCUGUGAUCAUGCAGGAAUAGCAACUCAAGUGGUGGUCGAGAAGAAAUUAUGGCGUGAAGAGAAAAAAACACGUCAUGAUCUUGGACGAGAGGAAUUCAUUAAAAGAAUAUGGACAUGGAAAAAUGAGAAAGGAGACAGAAUAUAUAAUCAGAUAAAAUGUCUUGGUUCGUCUCCAGAUUGGUCUAGAACUGCAUUUACAAUGGAUCCCAAGUUAUGCAAAGCAGUAAUUGAAGCAUUUGUAAGGCUCCAUGAGGAAGGAACAAUUUAUAGAAGUAAGCGACUUGUAAACUGGUCAUGUACACUCAAAAGUGCUAUUUCAGAUAUAGAGGUUGAUAAAGUAGAACUCACAGGAAGAACUCUUCUUUCUAUUCCUGGUUACAAAGAUAAAGUUGAAUUUGGAGUUUUAGUUUCGUUUGCUUAUAAAGUUUGUGAUAGUGAUGAUGAACUAGUAGUUGCAACAACGAGAAUAGAAACGAUGCUUGGUGACACUGCAGUAGCUAUCCACCCAUUAGAUAAGCGUUAUUCUCAUCUUCAUGGAAAGUACGUUCAGCAUCCAUUUGCAGAUAGAACUCUUCCUAUUGUACUUGAUGAAUUUGUUGACAUGGAAUUUGGAACUGGUGCGGUGAAGAUAACUCCUGCUCAUGACCAUAAUGAUUAUGAAGUGGGAAUCAGGCAUAAUCUACCAUUCAUUACGAUACUUGAUGAUGAUGGUGUAAUUAUUGGUGAUUGUGGUGAAUUUACUGGCUUAAAGAGAUUUGAUGCAAGAAAAGCCGUGCUGGAAACUUUAAAGAAAAAGGGAUUGUAUAGAGAUACAAGUGAUAAUCCUAUGGUUGUGCCUAUUUGUAGUAGAUCGAAGGAUGUGGUGGAGCCAUUGAUCAAACCUCAAUGGUAUGUAAAAUGUGAUACAAUGGCAGAAGAGGCUUUGAAAGCAGUCGAGCAAGGAGAACUAAAGAUUAUACCUGAGCAGCACAAGAAGACCUGGCACUAUUGGAUGUCUAACAUUAGAGAUUGGUGUAUAUCUAGGCAAUUGUGGUGGGGCCACAGAAUACCUGCAUAUUAUGCCACAUUAAAAAAUACAACAAAGCAGCCUGAAAAUGAUGAUGAUAGGUGGAUUAGUGGCCGUAGUGAAUCUGAGGCAAGAGCUAAAGCAGCAAAAAGAUUCGAUGUGAAGGAAGAUCAGGUAGAUCUCAAACAGGAUGAUGAUGUUUUGGACACUUGGUUUUCUUCUGGUUUAUUUCCGUUCUCUGUUUUUGGAUGGCCUGAUCAGUCUGAUGACCUUGAUGUAUUUUACCCUACAACACUCUUGGAAACUGGUCAUGAUAUUAUAUUUUUCUGGGUUGCAAGAAUGGUUUUUUUUGGUCAGAAAUUGCUUGGCAAGCUCCCUUUCAGGGAAGUUUUCCUUCAUCCGAUAGUGAGAGAUGCGCAUGGUCGUAAAAUGUCUAAAUCACUUGGGAAUGUAAUCGAUCCAAUGGACGUUAUUAAUGGCAUCAGCUUAGAAGAUCUUCAUGCCCAGCUUAUAGGUUCCAAUUUAGAUCCUAAAGAGAUUGAAAAGGCAAAAGCAGGACAGAAACAAGACUAUCCCAGUGGAAUACCUGAAUGUGGAACAGAUGCACUUCGGUUUGCAUUGCUCUCUUAUAUGACUCAUGGACGUGAUAUUAAUUUGGAUAUACUGAGAGUUCAAGGAUACCGUUUCUUUUGCAAUAAAUUAUGGAAUGCUAUGAAGUUGUCUUUGAAAUAUUUGCAGACUGACAGUGAAAAGAACAAGAACGUUGUUAGCAAUCCAAAGACACUGUUACAAGUAAACCCUGAAUUAGAUUUCUUAUUUUCUAACAACCGCUUAUUAGAGAACUGUAAUGAUCAUUUCAGUGAUUUCAGCUAUGUUAAUGGUUAUGUGGUUUCGGGAUUGGAUUAUGCUUUAUUUGAUGACCUUUCUAGCGAGAAGUGGGAUGUGAAUAAGUUACCUCAUUUAGACAGAUGGUUUAGGCAUAUUAAGAACUUAUAUCCCAAUACAUUGCUGAAGUUGUCUGGCAAUGAAAGUAAAAUGGAUAAGUGGAUUCUCAGCCGACUUUCAGAUGCUGUUGAGGCUUGUAACAAAGCAUUUGAAACUUACGACUUUCCUUUGGCCACUACUGCCUGCUAUAAUUUAUGGCUUUAUGAUUUUUGUGAUGUUUAUCUGGAAUGGCUGAAACAUGUUUUCUCAGUGCAAGAUGAUGUUAAACAAUCUGCUGCCAGGAUAACCCUGCUAAAUAUAUUAGAUGUAGGAUUGCGUUUGAUUUCUCCCAUUAUGCCAUUUAUUUCUGAAGAGUUAUAUCAAAGGCUGCCCCUGGACAAGUCUCCUAGUAUUAUCGUCGCACCUUAUCCUGAACCAGAAACCUAUUGCUUGAGGAAUGAAAAAAUUGAAGAGGAAGUGCAAUUUAUCCAAAAGACUAUUCAUUCAAUUCGUUCAGCCAGAUCGGAUUAUAAUCUUCCCAACAAAGCAAAAACAGAAACAUUUUUUAAAUCUUCUGAUGAAGAAACUUGUAAAAUCCUUUCUGACUAUUCAGAACUAAUAAAAACCUUAGCUAAUUGUAGCUCAUUGAAGUCGACAGCUGAACCUCCAGAAGUUGUGGCUGCAAUAUUGACAAUAUCUGAUAAAUGUCAAAUUUUCUUGAUAUUGGAGGGUCUGAUAAACAUAGAAGAAGAAAUUACCAAGCUAACAAAGAAAAAGGAAGGAGUGCUUGACAGGAUAAAGAAAUUGGAACAGGCCAUGUCUGUUCCUGAUUAUGAGGCCAAAGUUCCUGAAGAUGUUAAGCAAAGCAAUAUUGAAAAGCAUGGGCAAAGUCAAGGCGAGCUGGAGAGACUGACAGAGGCAUUGAAAUCUCUUGAAAUAAUGUCUUCCAAAUCUUAA